UAGAGCACAGCAAGAUCGCUCAUUGGACGAGUUUACGUGGUGUCCCAUGGACGUGCGCGCAUUGUUUAAAUUUAGUCGCAUCGGGACAGAAUAAAUUUUGAAGUCUCCUUGUUUGAUUUCCAACUGUGAAUAUUUUUUUUGAUUUUUUUCUCCUGUGAAAAUGCCAAAUGCCAUGAGUUAUGGAAAUCCGUAAAGCACACGAUUAAGAGCGCUAGCCCAAAACUCAAAAUGAAACUGUGGAAAUCGAAAAAGCCUAUUGGAGGCUGUGUGCCUGGAAAAUCAACUGCUCUCAAACAGGACCAACAUCAACAGACACACGAGUCCAAAAAUAGUACUUCAAACGGAUUUCAUCAUCCGCAGACGGACACGGCCUUGUCUCCUAUUAUAUCCGGAGUUGACCGAGCAAUGAGUCCUGCCCAAUCGGAAGACUCCGGAUUGGCUCCGGAAAGGGGAACCACCUACGCCACUAUCACCUUGCCGCGUAACGCUCUGCACUUAGCCAUCACAUUCGCAGAACGCAAUGAUCUGUCGUAUCCGCCGGUGGUGGGUUCCUUGAAUCCGGUGGGUCAUGCGGCGGAUUUUCUGGCGCCUGGAGAUCGUCUUCAUCAGAUCGACGGGACAUCGACAAUUGGCUUGAGCAACCAGAAGGUGAUGAACAUGCUGUGCGCUGGAGGAUUGGAUCUGGGCCCGGCCAUCGUGGAGAUUGAGUACUCCCUGCCUGAGUACACAGUUUCCCAGAACAGCCUUUGUGUUACCUCGAAGCUGGCUCAGAUCACCGUAGAGAGGGAAAGUGGGUGCCUGGGAUUGACGUUACGGGGAGGGGCAGACUACCCCCUGAUUGUCACCCAUGUGAGGCCCCAAGGACCAGUGUAUAAGACGGGUCGUAUUAAGCCUGGAGAUCGGCUGCUUCGCGUCGAUAAUAUCUCACUUAUUGGUAAGACGCUCACGGAGGCGCAGCAAAUUAUUAAGUGUGGCGGUCAUGUUUCCGGUUACACAAACCUAACGAUCGAGUACGACGUUUCCGUGGUGCAGAGCGUCGAGUUCUCGAUGGGACCGCUGCUCAUUGAAAUCGAACGACCCAUGAAUGAAAAGUUAGGACUGGUACUUUGCAACUACCCGUCGGGAAUGCCUGUUUCUGGGUCCGGUUCGAGUACUCCUUCCAGUGGCGAAAAGAUCGAGGAAUCGGCAAACAUUUUCAUAGCGAGCAUCCUGCCCGCCAGCAUCGCAGAUCGCUGCGGUGCCCUAUCCGUCGGCGAUCAAGUGCUCUCCAUCGACGAGACAAUGAUCGAGAACUCGGCUUUUAGCCCCGACGAGCUGAUGACCAUAUUGGACACCAGCACCGGCCGCGGCUACACGCAGAUGCAGAUCAUGCCCGCGCACGCGUUGGCCCGUCACUGUCACACGGCGUUAGGUAGCCCCAAGUACAGCUUUGGCACCCUCGAGUCCCGGAAAUCCUCGACGGCUGGCCGCCAGCGUCAGCGCUUGUCCCGCAAGAGUUCUCUGCCCUUGGAAAGUCAGGUCAGCACUCUAAGCGCCACAGGAACAGCAGGAGUAACAGCCGGCUUGGGUCUCUGCCGGGCGGAGAGCUUUCCAGUUCUUCUGGAUUGCAGCCAAGGGGCAGGCAUUGUCCUCGGCGAGUCCGGGGCGAACAUGCCAGGAGCCGGGGGACCUGGAGCUGUGACCAUUGACAAGAUCAUAGCGGAUUCAGUGGCCGAUCGCAGUGGUUGCAUUCAGACAGGAGAUCGUAUAGUGGCCAUUAACAAGAUGUACAGCUUGGAUGCGGCGGCUAUGAGGCAGCUCCUUGAGGGUGGAUUCACUCGCAGUGGUGGAGGGAACUCUGGAACGCCAGCCAACUGGCUGGAGCUGGAGAUUGAAUUCGAUAUGCCAGAUGCGGUGGUGCCCUCCAGUGGCGUGUUCAGUGUAAAGCUGCUAACGGCCGGCAAACGUGGAUUAGGACUUAGUGUUAGCGGUGCCAGUCACGGAGGCUUAGUCAUUUCAGAUGUCAAAAUGGGCAGUCCUGCCCAUCGCAGUGGCUCCCUGCGAUCGGGGGAUAUCCUCCUAGCCGUGGAUCAGCAUCCAGUGCAGCAUUUCAACGUGGACGCCCUGCUCACGGAAGAGGGCAGAUCGCAGAACUCCAGUCAGAGCUUCUCGGAGUUUACCACCGUGACGAUAAAGCGGGUCGUUCUGCCCGAUUUCCUGCCCAUGUCAAUUCCGAUUUACAGCAAUUGCCCCGCUAGUGGCAAUAAUUUGGGAACGGGAAUCGGUGCUUCCGCCAAUUUUCCUACCGAUCACGAUCUUUAUAGCAGUACUUAUGUGACAGCGGGAAAGUACGCGGAUUGUGUAUCUCUGAAGUCGAAGACUCCUCAACCGGAGUACUUUCGAGUGCCUAGCAUGGACGACGCCAGUCUGCAGUCCGUGCAAUUGCGAUCGGGGGCGGGAUCAGCCGGGGGUCAGACCAAAGGCUGGUCAACCGGGGUUAACAGUCGAUCCUUCGUAAUGCCGCCCAAUACGCAGAGUCUCACCACCGAGUUACCCGAGGAGGAAGACGAGCAGGAGCAGCUGUAUGCUGGAUAUGAACUCAAUCGCUAUGCCAGUGUUGACUGUACCGCCUUGCCACCGCCCAUGGAAAACAAGGUGUAUGGAUCGGCUGCCAGUUCCAGCAGCAAAAGCAGUUGUAGCAGCUUGCACCAAAUAAUAUUCACCGUGCGGUUAGAGCCCAAAGGAGGAUUACUAGGGAUAACCUUGGCUGGCAGCGAGGACAUCACCAAGCCCAUCACGAUCAGCGGUCUUGUGGAGGGCGGCAUUGCCCAAAAAAAUGGCCAGAUAAAUGUGGGCGACCAGCUGCUGGCUAUCGAUGAGCACUCGGUGCAGGGAAUUCCCCUUUCGCACGCUACUAGUCUUUUGCAGAAUCUUGGCGAUCUAGUAGACCUCAAGAUAUUGCGAGGUCAUGAUUUGGCCAACAGAAGCCAUGUUCCACAGGCGCAGGCCAUCUAUGCCAAGAUCCAAAGGCGUCCUCGAAGUCCCUCGUCCAACAUGGAUGGUAUCAAAGAAACGGGCAAUGGGAAUGCAAGCCAGGAUGAUAGCGCCAAUGGAAUUGUCAGUGGAAGUCCCCGAAUUUUCCAUGUCGUUCUGUACAAAGAUAAGGUGUACGACGACUAUGGAUUCUCGGUUUCGGAUGGACUUUACGAGCGUGGCGUGUUCAUCAACAGGAUUCGGACUGGAGGUCCAGCUGAUUUUUGCGGUCUGCUUAAGCCUUUCGAUCGCAUUAUGCAGGUAAACGAGAUAAAGACGCAGGACUUUGACUGCUGCCUUACUGUUCCGCUGAUUGCCGCUGCCGGCGAUAAAAUUGAGAUGAUUAUGCAACGCACCGAGUAAUUCUUGCGUGUUAGAUCCUUAAAACAUAAAAUUAGUUUUACGCUAAUGUUUUCUAAACUAUCAUUGCCAAUACCCUGAAAAAGUUAACCUAAAUAGACAUAGCAGUCUGUCGUAACCAAAUAUGUCGCCUUUUAAAAUAGUUCUGCCGUAAUUUUACAUCAAUAUUAUUUAAAAUUUAUUUUUUAGCAUAAAUGUUUUAAAAAUGUAGUUAUAUUGCCGUUAAAAACUAAUUUAAAA